AUAGAGAAACAUUUCAAGUUUCGUAGGGCCUGAGACUCGAUCGAACAACAAACACACAAUUCACAAAUCGAACGAUGUCUGGGGACAAGGCGAAGCCGGCGCUAUUGCCAUCGCCGGCUAUGCAAACUGACGAGGAUGACGAAAAUCUACUGGCGGAGGCAGAGCCGGAAUCGGAGCAACUGGAGCAAACUGACAGCAAUGAGGAGAGCAGCGAAAGCGAUUUCAGCGAAAUAUUUAGCGAUUCGGAUAUCUGUCCUAACUUGUCCAGCGCCGAGCAGCUGGAUCUGAUGGAACUGGAGGAGGAGGAACUGGAGCAGCAGCUAGUGGAAUACGAGUACAGCCGCCUCGAUGGCGACUCGGACAUGGAGAGCGAGCAGGAGGACUCCAGCCAUGAGUCUGUGGCGCUGCUCGCACACGAGAUACUCUGCUGCGAUCACGAUUCAGAUGUCGAGAGUGAGCAGGAUGAGGCCGACGCUGAGCAGGAGGAGCAGGAGGAGGAGAACGCCAGUAGCUAUGCCGACGUGCAGCACAACUACGCUCUGCUCAUGUGCAGCGAGGACGAUGAUCAAGAGCUCGAGCAGCAGCACCAAGAGCAGCAGCAGCAGCAGCAGCUGCAGCAGCAACAACAACAACAACAACUGCAACUCAAGUGCCCACUGAAGAAGGGCGGGGCUGACUCACUGCUGCUGCUCGGCAAGCAAAACGAGCUGUCGCAAUUGGCCAUUGAAUCAAAGUUGGAAUCUAACGAGGACAAAUGAAUUGAUUAUAAAUAAAGCAAACCCAUAAGCAAAGGCGAUUGGGUUAACUGUUCAGCAUA